CGGUGUCGAUGCCGACUCCCCGUCGCUGUUAUGCGCGUGGAAACCGGACGAGAUGGACAAUUAUGCGGUUGAUGGGUCGCAAAUGAGUUGAAGCGGUACGUUACAUCGUGCAUGGACACGUGGAGUUACGAGAAACUGCUUACGAUUGGGAUGCAUCUGUAACCAUCCUCACCAACAGUGCUGAAUGAUGAGCAGCUCCAGCCAGGUACCAGGGAGUUAUGCUCAAGUUUCCAGUCAAAAUGGCAGGCUCGUGUCGGCGGUGGCGGCCGCCCCGGGGGCCGACGGCUGCGCGGCGUCUGCGACGGCCGAGCGCUGCCCGCCGCCGCAGCUGGUCAAGACCGUCCGGCCGGCGGCCCCGGGGUCCCGGGCUGGGGUGCAGCCGGGCUCGCCGGUCCUGGUGCGGGGCGCCUCGCAUGACAUCCGCACGUACGGCCGGCCGACGCCGAGGAGCCAGCCGCCGUCAGAGCAGCGGCAGCAGUAUCAGCAACAGCAGCUACAGCCACAGUCACAGCAGCAGCAACAGCAGCAGCAGCAUCAGCAACCACAACUGCGGCCGCAACUGCAGGCACAACCACACCUAAGUUCAACAAAUGCAGAACAUUUGCAGCCUCAAACACAAGCACAGCAGCAAUACCAACAGGAGUCGUUGCAGCAGGAGCAGGAGCAAUUGCAAGCACAGCCACAAACACAGUCACAACUCCAGCCACAGCACUUGCCACAGCCGAAGCCACAACAGCAACAGCUACAACAGCCACAGCCACAGCCACAGCAGUCACAGAAACAACAGCCGUUAUGCAAACAGCAGGUGCGUCCCGUCCGCUCCGUCACUCAGCUACCACAGCACCAGCAGGUGCGUCAGCAACAACAGCUGCAGCAACGACAGGUACAGCUGCAGCGACGACCAGCGCAGCUGUCACAGCACCAGCCACCACAUCCUCUGCAGCAGCAGCAGCAGCAACAGCAGCCAACAUCGUCGCCGCCGCCACAGCAGCCGAACCAGCAGCAACAAAUGUCAGCUGUAGCAGCCGUAACUCAACAAUUGAAGCAGCAGCAGACGUCGGUGGUUAGGUCAGUGGCUCAACAGCAGCAGCAGCACCAGCAGCAGCAAUCAUUACAAGCUGUACCAAACAGCACCACUUCCUCGCAGCAUCAGCUGGCGUCACCGUUGCGGACUGCUGCCCAGCAUCAGCAGCAGCAGCAGCAGCAGCAACAACAGCAUGUGGUAUCCGUGCAAGGUGACGAGCAGCGUCAGCCGCAUUCGACCGUGCGGUACGUCAUGUCCGUACAGACGGCACAGCAGCAGCCGAGCGCGGAGCCGGCGCAGGCAGCGGAGCACCAGCCGGGGCACAUGGUGCCGGUGGAGGCCGCCCAGUACCACCAGCCGCAGCUGGUGUCGACGACGGCCAGCCAGCACCAGGUGUACCGGCUGCUGGACGGCCCGCUGGCGCUGCCGGUGCAGACGCUGAUGCAGCCGGCGCGUCAACAAUACGCGCUGGUGCAGACGGACCAGCGCGUGGCGCCGCGCCAGUACAGCCUGGUGGCGGCGCAGCAGGCUGUGCGGCUGAUCAACGGCCGGCUGGAGUCGGGCGGCGCCGGCCUGCAGCCGUUCGUGGCGUCCGAGGUGGCCGCCGGCCCCGAGUCGGGCCGCGUCUACAUGGUCUGCAACGCGUCGGCCGCCGACGCUGGUGUGCACGGGUGAGACGACCGGCCGGCCGCCAGGCCUGUGUGUGGGCCUGCGCCCCACGGCUCGUAGCAGUGGCAGUAACAGUGAUUGGGUGG